AUGUUCUGUGAUGUGAGAAACUUAGAGAUAGACUGCCUUCGUCUUGAGGUACUCACUGAGUUCUCGCAGUUGUCUGCAGGUUCCAACAAAAUUGGUUCCAUUGUGAUGCAGGCCCCGAAACUGCUUGAGGCACAAAAUACAUAUAUGUUUCAGUAUACCAACGAUGGGGAGGAGAGGUGGAUCUCAUGGCCAACAUACCUGAAUCUCCUCCCACUUUUGGUACCGUCAAAGGCUACAAGCACCAGAAGGCAUACACCAUUGUCCAGAAUCCAUUGGACUCAGCUGUAUAACUUCUGGAAGGUGAUUUAUGACAGGAAGUGUGUGGCUGUUGUGAUGUUGACUCCACUCAGUGAAAAUGGGAAGGAAGAAUGCUCCCAGUACUGGCCAGAGAGUGGCAAUGUCACCUCCUUUGGUGAGUUCACCAUCGAUAACUUGGGGGAAGAAACCAACGCUGGGUUCGUUAUGAGGCAACUGAGCGUACUCAAUGAAAAGGCCCAUCAAUUGACUCAGUUCCACAUCACUAACUGGAAGAGCAGUGGAAAGUGUGAGAACUUCAAGACUGUAACUGACGUCAAUGAAGAGGUUAUAAAGGUUCAAAGAAGGAUGGGAAACAAGCCUGUAUAUAUAUUGAUCCAUUCCAAUGACACUGCGACCCGCUCUGGUAUGUACUGCUCUGUAGCUACUACCAUCGAUUGUUGCAAGACAGAGGGAGUGGUGGAUGUGUUGCAGGUGGUCAAGGCUCUCAGGGUCCACAAGCCAGGGGCAGUACCCUCAGUCGUGAGUUCAUCUGCUGCUCACAUAGUGGGAGGCUUGUACCAUUACAAGAGCCAGACCUUGCCUAUAGUAGUAUAG